AUGGAAAAGUGGCAGAGCCUCAAUCGUCGCUGCACGCUUCGGGGUGGGGGUGCAGCUAGCGGUGCAGAUUCCCCGCUGCCUCCUUUCUUUCAUUUUGGAGAAAAGGAGACAGUUACGAAUGGUGUCACCUCCAAGAGGAAUUUUGGGUCUGCCGAUCCCAUGCAAAGCGGAGGAGCUUGGUGCAGUCCACUUUCAAAGGCUUUGGCCACUGCCUCAGUCCUGGACAAACCCACAGAAGGUUGUUACCUUCAUUCUUCAAAUAACGCUAAAGAGGACAAAAAUGUUUGCCACAAGACACCGGAGCGGCGCAUGAAACCCGCCCGGAGGCGCUUCAGGAAGCCACCGAUGAAGCUACCGUCUUCCAAUGGAGAGCCACGCAUUCAAACAGCUGAGAGAAGUCAAAGCCUACGGAGCGAUGAAGCGAGCUGCCCGGAUUCGGCUUAUUGGCUUUGCCAUUUUCAUGCCUGA